AUGCCUCGCAAACCUGUGCCGCCGAAGCAGAUCGUGUCGCGUGAACCAUCUAACGGUAAAUCUACACGCAAAAUACUGACCCACCCACUUUUCACCCCAGUGCAAAUCUCCACCCGCACGCCCCUUCUGGAAACGGACUACAACUUUCACAAGUCCAACUCGACAUACUUCUCGGAUUUGGAUGUUUCGCGCACGAAACUCAUGACUCGGAUUAUCAGUCCGGGCUUCAAGAAGGUUAAUGCCCAGCUUGAGGAGGAAGGGCACCGGGGAAGGAUGGUCGUGGCUCUGGGGGCUGUUCAUGUGACUUUCCGCAAGGAGAUUGGGAUUUUUGAGAAGGUAUGGGUGCGGAGUCGAUUGUUAGGAUGGGACGAGAAGUGGGCUAUCAUCGUGAGCUAUUUUGUAAGGACGAAGAAGGGGCGGGUGGAUGGGACUAACGGGCCUGACAAAGGGGAAGAGCUAUGUGCAGUGGGGCUGAGCAAGUAUGUGGUUAAGAAAGGGAGGUUUACGGUGAAGCCGGACAGGAUCCUGAGGAUGGGGGGCUGGUUGCCUAAGAAGCAGCCCGAUCAAGCUGGGUCCGAAACGUGUAAUGGAGAAAUCAAGUUGUCAUUAGCUGACGUGCAACGGAAGGAUGACGAAGCAGAAGAUGCAGAGGAGGGACUCGAAUCAGCACAGACCCCCGCAAUUGAGGGAAGAGUGGUCUUGGACGAGAAGACGGCAGCAGCAGCAGAAUCCGCUGCCCAUGCGCUUUCUGUAAGCGACGCUGACAAUUCUGCCUGGGACGCAGAAGCUUGGGACUGGGAGGAGAUCGAGGAGGAAAGAUUAAGAGGGUUGAAGCUGGCGAAGACAUGGUUGGCGCUUGAUGGGGAGUUAUGUGAGGAAUUUGACAAGAAUUGA